AUGAAUUCUGAUAAUUUUUUUGAAGAUAAUUAGAUAAUCAAAAAAACCAAAUGUAUAAAUACUUUCGAUUUUAGACAAUGAAAAAAGUAGAUAGAGUAGAAAUAUUGAUGGAUAUUAAUAUUGUAAUUAACAUUAUGAGGAAAUUAACUUCUAGAUUGAAUACUGUCAAGAAGAUAGUAUUACAUAUAUUAAGGACGGUUAAAUCUUAUUAAAGUAAUACUUUUUAACUAAGUUCUUAGAGAUUGGAUAAAUGAUAACUUUUCAGAUUAAUAGAUCAUAACCAACUUUGAUUUUCUGAGAUAUUUAUUAUGGGAUGGUUAAUAUCAUAAUAAAUAAAAAAUUGGCAGAUGGACUCCAUAUUGGAAAGGUAAUAGAUUAGAUGCUGGAGGCAUUUAUAAUGAAGAAGGCUUAAAAAUAGGAAAAUGGAUAGAACCUGUCAAUAUGUUUGGGGAGUAUGUCUAAUUAUUUAAAUUAUAGAACUGAUAGGGUUAACUUUGUUGGUUUAUAUAAAUAAGGAAUAAGAGUACGAAAUUGGCAGUAUUGUUUAUAUUACUAUCAUCAUGAAACGAAAGAAUUUAUUCUCCAUUUCAAAGGAGGAGGUUAUUUUAAUGACUCAGGAAAUAAAUAAGGAAAAUGGAUAGAAUUAAUUGAGGGAUUUACAGAGUAUUAAAAUUAAAUACAUAAUAGUGAAUCUGAAAUAAUAAGUUAUGGAGAAUAUAAAAAUGGAAAAAAAAUUGGAAUAUGGGACACAUACUUCAAUAAAAAUCUCCUGUAUUCAUCAAUAUUUAUUUAAAUAUCAGUUUUAGUGGAUGUUAUGACAUGAAUGGAAGAAAGAAUGGAUAAUGGUAGGAAUUGCAUUAAUACUACAAUAAGUUAAAAAUUUUAAUAUUUUUAGAGAAUCCACUGUCUAUUAUACAGGAAAUUAUAAAUAAAAUGUAAAAUAUGGUCAUUGGGGGAUGGAAUUUCCUGAUUAUAAUUUUUUUAUUGAAGAAUAAGAAGAAGAAGAGAAAACUAAGUUUAGAAUAAUUAAAUUAUUAUUAUAGUUUUGGAGGUAAAUAUGAUAAAAAUGGAAUUAAAAUUGGAAAAUGGGUUGAAUUUCAUGAAUAAUUUAGGUUAUCUUUAUAUAUAUAAUAUAGUAAAUCUCAAGUGAUAUAUAUUGGAGAAUAUAAAAAAGGACUCAAAUUUGGAGAAUGGAAUAUAGUUGACUAAAAUGAAGAUGUUAUGUAUAAUCAAAUUAAAAUAGAUAGAGGAAGCGGAUCUUAUAAUAAAAAUGGUUAAAAAGAUGGAGAUUGGAAAGAAAUAUAUUAUUCUGAAGCUUCUAUCAUUUAUGAAGGAGAAUAUAGAAAUGGAAAAAGAUUUGGAAAUUGGAAUAUUUUAGACGAUAAUGAGACAAUGUAAGAAUGCUUUCAUAAAUUAAUUUAGUGGAGGUGGUGAAUAUGAUGAUAAUGGAAUGAAAUAAGGAUAGUGGACAGAGUUUCAUGAAUAUUUUAUAGAGUAAAUAAUUCAUAGUGUAAUAUAUUAGUAAUAAUCAUAUAUAUUGUGAAGGGCAAUAUUUAAAUAAUAAAAGAAUUGGAAAAUGGGAAUGUUAUUGCACAAUUUCAUUUGGAAUGUAUGAAGAAGUGAAAAAAAUGUAAUUAAAACAGUUUUAUUUAUAGAGGUUGUGGUGAAUAUGACAAAAAUGGAUUAAAAAAUGGACAUUGGAUAGAAUUAAGUGAUGAUUUCUGGAUGUAAACAUGCUCAAUAUUCAAGUCUACAUAAAAUAAUUUUUUGUGGAACAUAUAAAGAUGGAUUUAGAAUAGGUACUUGGGAAAUUCAUAAAUAUAAAUUAUCUAAUUAAGAAUUUGAGAAAAAGUAUUAAAAUAUAUAAUUAAUUAAAAGAGGAGGAGGAAAUUAUGAUGAGAAUGGAAGAAAGCAUGGAAUAUGGAUAGAUGUCAGCACUGAUAUUUAUAGGUUAAAGAAUUAAUUAUAAUUUUUAGGAAUGAUCUGAUAUUCAUUAAAGGAGAGUAUAUUAAUGGAAAAAAGAAUGGAGAAUUCAUAUAAACAUUCUGA